AUGGGAUCCUCGUCAGACGUAGAACUUCAAUCUCCGCAUGGCAAAUCCGAUCCAGCGCCUCAGGUUAUCACUGAUCUCACCGAUAUUCCACCACGAGAUGCUGUCUCGGUUGAAGAGCCGCCGCCCAAUGGUGGCUACGCCUGGGUGUGCACGGCAUGUUGCUUCAUGAUCAAUGCUCACACCUGGGGUCUGAAUAGUGCAUGGGGAAUCUUCCUCGCCCAUUACUUAUCCGACUCUACAUUCGAAAAUGCCUCUCGUCUUGAGUAUGCACUCAUCGGAGGACUCUCAAUCUCCACGUCGGGCAUCAUCGCCCCGGUCGUGGCUCUAUCAGUCAGAUCGCUGGGUACGCGCAACACUCUCCUGAUUGGCACUUUGCUCGUCUUCGCCGCCAUGUUCGGUGCCUCGUACGCGACGCAGAUCUGGCAUUUGUUCCUCAGUCAGGGGGUUUGCUUUGGAUUUGCCUUGGGGUUCCUCUACAUCCCCUCCACCGCCGUGCUGCCUCAGUGGUUUUCGACGCGGCGGAGUUUGGCCGUUGGGAUAGCGGCUUCGGGAUCCGGCCUCGGAGGGCUCGUGUACAACCUCAUCGCUGGACGUCUGGUCCAGGAGGUCGGUGUGGACUGGACGUACCGCGUCCUGGCGUUUUGCGGCUUGGUCGUCAAUGCGGUUUGUUCUGUAUUGCUCAAAGAUCGAAACAAGGCGAUCCAGCCGAUCCAGGACGUUUUCGAUUACCGCGAGUACAGGCAGACCGAGGUGAUACUGGUCAUACUUUGGGGCGUCGGCAACGAACUGGCAUACAUUGUCUUGCUCUAUUCACUUCCCAACUAUGCCAUCUCCAUCGGCUUGUCGCCAGGUCAGGGUUCUGUCGUGGGAGCGCUUCUCAACCUGGGACUCGGUGUCGGGCGCCCGAUCAUCGGCUACUACAGCGACUCGUUCGGCCGGCUCAACAUGGCGGCGCUCAUGACCGCCCUGUCCGGAGUUUUGUGUCUGGCACUGUGGGUGCCGGCCAAGACGUACGGUGUUUUGCUCGUCUUCGCAUUGGCCUCUGGCUGUGUCUGCGGCAUCUUUUGGAGCACGGUGGCGCCGGUGACCACCGAAGUCGUCGGGCUCAAACGAUUGCCCUCUGCGUUUGGCAUGAUCUGCCUGGCUCUGGUGUUGCCCUCGACGUUUGCAGAACCGAUCGCGUUGCAAAUGGUCGCGACAUCCGGAUAUCUCAGCUCGCAGAUAUUUGUGGGUUGUAUGUUUCUCUUUGCCGCGGCGAGUACAUUGUUCCUCAGGUCCUGGAAGGUUCAUCAGGUCGAGCUCAAAGAUGCGCUGGAUCGAGAAUCUGAGGGGGCCACUGCCAACCAAGACGCGAUUCACAGGCAGUUCUGGUUGACGCCGAAGAGUUUACUCUGGUUGGGAAGAGUCUGA